AAAAAAGCCAAAAAAAAAUGCAUAGGCCUAAUGCUGCGUUCAUGACAUGUUGUAAAUUUGGUCAUUUUCCAGGUUGAUGUAAUAAGAACUUGAAAUAUUACACGUACUAUUGAAUUACUUUUAACCAACCCUUUUCUUUUGUUUGUGAUAUGUUUACAUGCUUUAUAUAUUAGUGAGGUUUAAAGAUGUCUGCAGUAAUUCAUGGUCAUUCAGUCCAAAUAAAAAUACACAUUUGACACAUUUUUUCCCCUCAUUCAUCCUCAACAAGCGGCUGUAGUUCCAUUAUUUAUUUAUUUUUUGUCAAUGCAACAAAGCUUAAAUAUGUUUCUGUGUGCAUGAAUAUUGAUUUCUUAGAACUCGAACUCAAACGUUUGCAGUUUGGAUUUUCCAACAUUUCUGAUAUCAUGAAAACAUGCUUUUAACUUGCAGGAUGAAACGAUUUGUCAUAAAAACUACAGAUCGAUGGCAAACUAUUUCUUACACCAUUAUCACUUUUGGCUUGCAUUUCUUGUUUCUGGUGGAAAUCACAUUUCCCACCCUUUAAGAAAAAACUUGGCUCCACCCCUGGCACAGAUCUGCUUUCUCUUGACUUGCAUCUGUGGAAUCACUGGAUUACUUUUAAAAACAUAAAAGAAACAGUAAAAAAAAAUGUGUUUGCGUUUUAAGUGAAGAGACCAAAAACAGGAGGAAAGCGGCGCGUCAGCUCCGCUCCUGCUCGUCCACCUCUGUUUAUUUCUUCUGCUCCACGUGGACGUGCCGCGCGUCACUGUACGUUCCUAAGCGGAAGUGACGCGCAGGGCGGCGAUGGCGGCUCGCAGUUCCAUUCCGGAUUGCCACUGGACUACAAAGUGAAUUUAACCGGAUCGGUUCGACUUCUCGGACAACUUUUAUACUGCCGUCUCUCUACGGGUGCCACAUAGAGUGAAGUCGAGUAGAGCGGGUGCUUGACAAUUUGCAGACCCGCAGUUCUGGGGGUGUUUUGGACCUAGUUGAAGGUGAUCACCCUGUCGAGCUAACGGUAGCUCGCUGGUUGUUAGCAGCUAGCCGUUAAGCUAGCUUGUCAUCGAGCUGUGUGCAAAGGUCCUUUCAGCAGCAGGAAUUGUUUUUUUUUUGUUGUUGUUUUUUUUAAAUCCACGUUUGUACUUCUCGGUUACAAUGCCAGCACACGCGAUUUAAUACUAGUUUACCACGAGUGUGCAGAGCGAGGUACCCACACGUUUGCUUGGCCGCUCCGUUCCGAGUUGCUAAUUUGGCGGCUGUGGCUAAAGACUGGAGAUCUCCAAGCGAGAAAAGUUCCUUUUAACUAUCAGCUGAGACGUGAAGUGAAGCUGCAGUGGAGGGUCUUUGCAUGGAAGCCAGCAUGCUGAAGACCCGGCAGUGUUUACUCGGCAUCCGCACCUUUCUCAGUGUAACGUCCAGAAUAUGGGGGUUCAUCGUGUACAUCCUCAGGAAGCACCUACGAACGAUAAUCCAGUAUCAGACGGGUCGAUAUGACACGUUGCAUCUGUCGCCCAUCUCUAGAAACAGACUCGGUGAGUUCACCAGGAAGAUUCUGGUUCUGGACUUGGAUGAGACGGCUGAUACAACUCUCAGCCAUGACGGGGUCCUCAGACCGACAGUGAGACCUGGCACACCCGCCAACUUCAUCCUUAAAGUCGUCAUCGAUAAACAUCCUGUCAGAUUCUUUGUACAUAAAAGGCCACACGUUGACUUCUUUUUGGAAGUGGUGAGCCAGUGGUACGAGCUGGUAGUUUUCACAGCGAGUAUGGAGAUUUAUGGCUCUGCAGUAGCAGACAAGUGGACAACAACAGGAAACAUCUUGAAACGUAGAUACUACAGACAGCAUUGUACAUUGGAUUUAGGUAGUUAUAUUAAAGACUUGUCUGUAGUACAUGACGACCUGUCCAGUAUUGUUAUUCUGGACAAUUCGCCUGGUGCUUACCGUAGCCAUCCAGACAAUGCAAUACCCAUCAAGUCCUGGUUCAGCGACCCUAGUGACACAGCGCUUCUUAACUUGCUCCCUAUGCUGGACGCACUAAGGUUUACUGCUGAUGUUCGCUCCGUCCUAAGUCGAAACCUCCACCAGCACCGGCUCUGGUGAUUGGCUUGAAUACAGAGGGGCGAGGCUUGUUGACCAGCCUCUUCCUCUCUGCUGGCUUCCACGUGCACCCAUGUUCCCAUGGAGAUGACCCCCCCCCCCUUCCUCUUGCUGUCUCAGAUAGGAUCUGAGGAGAGGAGGGUCGGGGUGACCAUCUAACACGGGGAUGAACAGUACAGGAUCACCAGAGUCACAAACUACUGGAGAGGGAGGGGGGAGCCAGCUUUUCUUUUUCUUUUUUUCUUUUUUUUUUUUCUUGAUUCUUUAUUUGUAUUUUUUUUUUUUCCCCCAAAAACAAAAUGGAGCGUCUCUGCCUUAUAGCUCCUGAUACUGUGUGCAUCUGGAAGUGAGCAGGAGUUUGCUCGCUGAGUUUGUUAGUCCUUCAUAAUUUUUUUUUAUUGUUUUUGACCAUCGAUGGAGGGGCAAGAGAAGGAUCAGCAAAGCGACAAACACCAAUCUUCACAAUGGUCUUUUUUUCUCCAUCAUCAUCAGACUUUGUGCUUCAGCAUUUUACUCUUUUAAUUUCUGUGCGUCUGUGGUGGAGCUGAUGGAAAACCACCCAUUUUAGCUCAACCUUACCGUUCCCCGAAAGCAAAUUUAUUUAUUUGGGGGCAAAUUACUGCUUCAGUCUAAAAUAAUAAAUCAAAUUGCAAAAUUGGAGUUUUUCUGUAAAGAUGCAAUCUGCAAUUUUUUUUUUUUUCUGGAUCGACAAGCAAACAGAUGGAUUUUUUUUUUUUUUUUUUAUCAACUGUGGGCAUCACCCCCCCCCCCCCCCCCCCCCAAAAAAAGCUCAAAAUACUUGAGAAUAAAAACUUGACUGAAAUGUUACGAAGGGGAAAAAAGGCUUGUGAUGAUCUAUGGACUGCUGCGCCGCCUUUUCUCCCCUGUUCCUAUUAACCCCCCCAUAAUAAUGACAUCUUUCCAGCGUUCCCCCUGUUUGGGAUCAGAUAAUCGACUUCAAAUGCCUUCUGAACAGUGUCAGUCUUGUCAGGCUCACAGAAGCUUCUUAUUGGCUCUGUCUCCAACUCUGUGUUACUAAUAAAACACUUGUCAGUAUCAACCAA